AUGGAUCCCCACGUCGACGACCCCGCUGCCUCUGUGCCCGUCUAUAAUUUCUAUCAUAGCACAGACCAUGACUCGGCCUACGCGAUGGGCUAUCCUCCCUCUCUCGCCUCCUAUGCAUCCAUCCCCCAUCCAUCCGCCCGUGCCCAGAUCGUUCCGGAUAUCCAUCCAAACUAUCUCGCCAUGCAGCAGCAGCAACAGCAGCAGCAUUAUCCAGGCAACGUGUUCGCCUCUUCCCCGGCUCUCUCAAACACGCCCCCUCCUCCCUCCCCGGAUAACUACGAGGCCCUUUCUCCUCCUCUUUCCGGAUCAGAUACCUCCGCCGACGGCCUCUACCACCACUCCAACAGCUCUUCUGCAAACUCCCCCUCUUCCUCUAGGGGCCACAGUCUCGUGCAUCGUACUACCCCAAACAGGUACAAUCCACCUCCUUCUCCUUCAAGUUCAGGCUCUCGCCACCGCCGCGGUCGUUCUCAGGGCGAUUCCGACGACGAAGAAAUGGGUCUCGCCUACAACGCUGUAGAGAAUCUCGCCAACACCCGCAAGGAGGCUACUCGUCGUCAGCGUAUCGAGGCAGAGCAGCGCAGACGCGACGAGCUCAGAGAUGGUUAUGCAAAGCUCAAGGAUGCUCUCCCAAGUUCUAACCAAAAGAGCAGCAAGGUCACCCUGCUCGAGCGAGCUACCAACCAUAUCCGUGCCUUGGAGGAAGAGAAUCAGCAGCUCCAGAAACGCAUCGCAGAACUCGAGGCUGACGCCCAGCGUCUCCGCGCCCUCAAUGAAAAGAUUUCCUUAUCGACCGAAGGCACUCCCUCUCCAGAGCACGCUGCCACUGCCCUCGGCGGCCGGCCCCUCUCACCCCCUCCCGAUGUUCUCCCUGGAUCCAACCCCACUGCCGCUGCCCCCGCUCAUUCCCUCGUGAGCGUCCGAGGUCAGCACAUGAGCUCAGAGCACUCCAGCCCCUCUGCUUCUGAAGGAGGGCAUUGA